GCGAGGGGGGGGCGACCAAAACAAAGGCAUCAGCUGAUCCUCCCCCUUGUCAAGAUGUUGGUACUCGUGCUUGGAGAUCUUCACAUCCCCCAUCGCGUCAGCUCCUUGCCAGCCAAAUUCAAGAAGUUAUUGGUGCCAGGACGCAUUCAGCACAUUCUGUGUACAGGAAAUCUGUGUACAAAGGAAAGCUAUGACUACCUCAAGACUCUUGCUUCAGAUGUACAUGUUGUCCGAGGGGAUUUUGAUGAGACAAAUUAUCCCGAACAGAAAGUAGUUACAGUUGGUCAGUUUCGAAUUGGGCUAUGUCACGGGCACCAAGUUGUACCAUGGGGAGACCCAGCUGCACUGUCCCUCAUUGCAAGACAGUUAGAUGCUGACAUACUCAUCUCGGGUCACACACACAGAUUUGAAGCCUUUGAGGCAGAAUCUCGCUUCUUUAUAAAUCCUGGAUCAGCUACGGGUGCCUACAGUGCUUUAGACCAGGACAUCACACCUUCCUUUGUUCUGAUGGACAUCCAGAGUUCCACGGUGGUGACCUAUGUCUACCAGCUUGUUGGAGAUGAAGUAAAAGUGGAGAGAAUAGAAUACAAGAAGGCCAAUUAAAUAGUUAAUAGAUUUUAUUGACGGGAAGAUAUAACAGGACAGUGAUGAUGGCAAGUGACCAGUAAGGUGAAAGGCCAAGCGACAUCAGCAUUUUUUAAAGAUCAAAGUCAAGACUUUAGAGGAUUUUAUAAGUUAGCAGAAAGAUGAUUUUACGUUCCUAAGGUCAAGUCCAGAAUGUGUUACUUAUUAGGUCAAAUAAUAAGAUAGAGGCACUGCAGCUGAAUAUAAGGGAUUUUUCAAUAUGUUUGUCUUAUCUAUUUUUCUCCUUAUGAAAGUUACUGUGCUCUUGAGUAAUGUCUUUGUGAUAAGUGCAUUACAAGAGUAUGCAGAGGAGGACAUUUAAGAGCUUUGAUAAGACGAAUCGUUAAAGUUUAUGGACAAUUUGCAGUUAGAUGUUUUCAGUUCUUUGGUAGUCCAAAUAUGAUAUUGUUCCAUCCUAAAUAUGAUCUAAUAUGAAAUGACCCUUUUCCCAUACACAUAUCACAUAUAUAAUUGUAUUAGAUAUUGAUAUCAUUGAAUUGUGAUGCUCAAAAGAUCACAAAUGCAAAUAAUACAGAAAGUAAUUGUGAUUAAGAAAGUUAUUAUUUAUUGUUGGAUGUUACUAAAGAGUUAGUUGAAAUCAUUUUCUAGAAAAGAAAACCUCAUUUUGAAUUGUGAUUCAGCUUUUAGAACAAGGCAUUUUCAACAUAAUGCCACAUCACAUAACUGGCAUCAGUUUGGUAGUUCCUGAUGUGAUGUCAUCUGCUGGCAAUGAGACCAAGUUAAUGCAUUUGCUUUUAAUAUGUGAAAGAAAGGCAUAGAUCUCUAGUGGUAGAGAGGUAGCUAUGUUAUGAGAUUUUGUUGUAACUAAGUCCUUUGGUAAUUUUACGAUGAAAUGACCUUCCACUGUAUGUAGUAGGCAGUGCUAUUUCAGAAUUAGCCGCGCCCCACAAAUCAUCUUUUGAACGAGUUUUACACUGAUGAUAUUCAUUGAUUUUUGUCACCUGUACAGGAGAACUUAUCUGAUGAAUUCUUUCUAGUGUAAAAUGUAUAUGUAUUAUUAUCUUUCUGAAUCUAUUCAUUCCAUACAGGUUUGUCUAUAAUUUUGUUUAUUUGAGCAGUGUGCUGUAAUCUUGAUUUGCACUUGUUCCUAGGAAAUAUGGCUGAAAAUUAUAUUGUAAAUUAUAUUUAAUCUUUUGCAUGACUAAAAGAAAGUAUGAUGUGAAAAUAAACACUAAAAUAUAUAUAUACUGUAACUUCAGCAACACAUUUGAUAAUAAAUGCAUGUGAUUUGUUACAA